AUGCGUGCCGAAAAGGAAAUCUUGCGCGGGGAAUCGGAGCGACUUACACGCGAUUCCGAGUUCCAGCCAGGACUGUCACAGAUGAGCAUUCCGUUGACAAUUGCGUAUCGCCAGAUUGGGUCAGCGAGCGCGUUCUGCGAUAGAAUGGAUAUAACCUUCCCGGCAUGCUGCAGGGCUUUGGAAGACGAUCUGGUUUCCAACGACGCUCAGAGCGUUCGGAUGCUCGCCAAGGUGCUGGCACUUCUUCCGAUUCCGGAUCUUCAACAUGAGGCGAGGAUCGCCUGUACUCUUCAGUUUUACACCGUCACCGAAAGCUCGUCCACGCAACAAACGAUACCUACAAGUGCCGCAGGUGGGAGCCUGGACAGCGAAGGAAGAGUGGUGUCAACAAAGGGUCGAGGCGAUUCGCAAAGGAAAAAGCCAAAUGAUCCGAACAAAGAUGCUCCGGACGGUGGCGAUGGCGUCCAGUGCAGCGAAAGGAACAAGCCCUGGGUGCCUCGCUCCCUAGACCACGAGCAUAUCAAAGCUCUCGCUGAGAAUUUGAAAUGUGUUCGCAAGGCUAAGUCGGGCCAAGAAUUGGCCUUCCUGAAAGACAGGCAAGAAUCUCCCAUGCUGUUUGCGGAAUGGCUGGAGCGUCUGGAGGGAAAGUGGGAAGAUGGUUGGAAAGAGUACUGGAAGAAGGCGGAAGACCAUGGCCAAAUCUUCGAGACCACUAUUGUUGCAGCGAUAUGUCGGCAGUACCACGCCGGGGAAUGCACAUUCGGAAUUCCUCCCAGUUGGUCGGCGGUUUGA